AUGAAAGCAGAAAUUGAUCCCAAAACUGUACCAAGCACUGAACCAGAAUUAGUAGAAGAGGCAGUCAACGUUACUAAUAACUCAUUAUCAUCUAUUAUUCCAAUAUACAGCACUGUCGCCUCUUUAAUAAAUG